CUAUGUUUUUAAAUUACAAUUUGGACAUGUAAAGAGGGAAAUAAUGGGUUAUAUAUAUGGAAAAACGUUAAUUGUGCGACCACUGGAGCGAUUCAGUACCGCCAUAGGCGAAGUUUAUAUCUAGGUCUGCAAAACCCAGCUUUUAUUGUGAUAUUCCAGUUCCGCUUAUCGGUUUGAGGAGAGGAAGAGAUGUGAGAGGAGGGAAGUGAGAAGAAAGCUAAACAGAUUACACAUGGCUGCAGAAAUGUCUCCAAAGUGUCCCAAGCUGAGAGCCUUGCAGUUUCUUAUUUUUCACAGAUCAAAGGUGUUUUCUCUGACAGCUGCGUGUCCCUCCCUACUGUCAUCAUGAAGGAGGUAACAACAGAUAAUAUCUAUGCAUACGCUCUGUCCAAGACGCUAACGAAGGUUUCAUCACCGGCAACUGUGGGACUCUACUCUUCUUGUGAAGACCGACUGUAUGUGAUUCUUGAUCAAAUAGGAGUGUAUACAAAUCGGGAGUCUUUGAGGAUUGAGCAGAAAUCUGACAAAGGACAAAAGCCCCUUGCAGUCAAACUUUCUGUCAAAGACUUGUUGCUUCUCAUUGUGAGGCUGCUCUUCUACACACCAGUCUGGACUACAGAGAACCAGAAUCACCAUAAUGUCAGGUUCCUUUAUGUGAAUUUCAGUGCUUGGCAUUUUGCUGGCAGUGACAUGCUAUGGGCUGGGAUAGCCAUACGAUUGUUUCAUGCCAUGCAGAUGAAUUUUGGGAAACUGCAACUCGCACUCUAUCGUGUUACUCAAUAUGAUGAAGAGGAUGAACUUAGGGAAAAGGAGGUGAAGGACAGCCUCGAUAACUGGACAUACAAAAAGAUUUUAGGCUGCCCCAUGUGGUUUGUCUUCGUGGGCAUUAAUGUUGUCCCAGUAGUUCUCCUAGUUGUCUUUUGUGUUUGGGGUUUUCCUGAAAUACAGUCCCCAAAGAACAAGGAGACUGAAGAUAUUAAGGUGGAGCUACUUGAAGGCGCCAUCUUUAUAUCCUUAGGAAUCCCAGCAGCGACAGGAUUGAGGUUUGUCUUUCAGAUGUUCAAUAGCCUCGUCUUCAGCCAAGCUCAUAACAUUAAGAAAGGAAUGGACAACGAACGGAUAAGCAAACAAUUGGGAUUCAUGAAUGAAGUCAGGAAAGAAAUGUGGUUUCUGACUCAAUUCAUCAAGUUCAUGGAGGUGUUUGAAAGGAGAAGGAUUCGAAUUGUGUUGAAAAUUACUCAUCUGGACCGUUGCUCCCCCAAGAAAAUUGUUGGAGUCCUGGGGGCCAUCAAUAUUUUACUCUCCGAUGAGGAAUGCCCAGUUCUUUCCAUCCUGGCUGCAAAUCCAAAUGUUUUGUUAGGAAAGGUAAAAUUUGCAGAAAACUCCAUCUGUAAAGAGGAUAGAGCUCACGGCCUGCUGAACCGCAUAGUCACUCUGGCCUUCACAGUACCAACAAUGUCUGAAAAUUUAAAGCACAAUUUGUUUCACAGCCUUAACAACACUCCAGGAUUCUCUGAAGAUUACCCCUUGAGGUGGAAUAGACACAGGAGAAAGACGUCUGUGAUAGAGCCAAUAGUGUUGGCAAUUGGGGAAUCAACUGAGUCCUUUGCAGAUACCUUAGAAAUGAAAGAGGAUGAAUUGGAACAAACGGUUCAGACAAUACUUAUCAAAGGUGAAAAAAAGCUGAACAAGUACAUGUUAGAUGAUGCUAUCUCAAUGAAGAGGACGAUCAGCUCUGUCUGGGUAACGGUCAUAAUCAUGAAGUUACUGAAGAAAGACUUUCCUGACCCAGAGGACACUGCAGCAUGGGUGGUUCUAGCCAACCAGUGGCCCUGUCGAUUCAGCUGGAUCCUCCAGUGUGUGGAGGAUGAAAAGCAGAGAGCAGUGAUUGAUCAUCAGAACAUGAGCUCUGAUGAUUCAAAGACCCUUUGGGAGGUCUUCAGCGAGUCCAGGGAGGAGCUAUAUGUGAUGACACACAUCGAGGAACUCCUCGAGCAGGACGGAGACCCUGAAGUGUUCGAAGCGUUACUCAAGGAUGAUGAAUUUGAGUUCACCUUAAAGAACCUGGAGAUCUUUCAGGUAGGGAUGGUGAAUCUGGAUCAGUCAAUCAGGAGGCAACUGGCUCUUAUAAGAGGAACAUGCAGGAUGGAAAAUUCUGGUUGGAUGAGGAACAUAGCUCCACUUCCAGUCACAAGUCUUAUCAAAAUGACCACAGACGAUAUAUGUGAAGAGAUGGACAGGAUGAAAUUGGACAGUACGUACAGGGAAACAGUGAAAAAACAUAAGCUCAAUGGUUCUGCUCUGGUCUUCGGUGACGCAGAAGAUCUGAAAGCCCUCCUGGGUAUGACAUUUGGUGAAUGGGCAACUUUCAAACGGCACUUCUUGAGUUUUGUCUCACCUCUCCAGCCACAGCAUUAGAACAUGCUGCCAUUACCUGCCAAAACCCAACUGUUCAAGUUAAUCUAGUGUGUAGAGAAGAAAUAAUUACUCAUCUUCUACCAGCCUGUGUUAACAGUUGCCUUGUGUAACAGUUAAAUACAUUGAGUGUGCUAAGGUACACUGAGUGCUCCAAAUCUUUUUUUCAAAUCCUUUUUCAUGUUUGUCUAGCUUUAAUAAGCAGGUGUGUUGCAAGGGUUUAUAUGUUUUUAUUACAGCUCAACUGUUGGUUCUGGCUUCCAGGCUAUGGACUCAAGUCCCAGAGUG